AGCCCUUGAUUUGAAAAUGGACUUUUGCCUGGAAUUAAGAGAUUAUGCAGCUGUAAUCUCUUCUUUUCCAAACAAGAAAUAACCCUUCUUUUUCUCCUCAAAAAUAUAUCGACAAUGCCUUCCUCAGUCUCCUCUCUAUAAUAUAUAUGACUGAACCACUACAUAUAUGGUUUGAAGCUCAUUCUGAACCCAUCAAUAGCAAUCAGCCAAACUCUUUCUUUUUCUGCAGAACAUAAAUGGAAUUGCUAAGUGCAAAUAGUGGGAAGCCUUGUCUUGAUCAUUUUCUAUCAUGUUUUAUAGGAUAUUCUAUGUAUGAAUUCGAUUUUGAGAGGACAGUGUGCAACCAUGGUUUUUUCAUGAUGGCUCCCAACCGUUGGUGCCCUGAAACUAAGACCUUACAACGUCCACUUCGCCUUGCAGAUGGCACCACCUCUGUGCUUGCUUCCAUUACACACCCUCCUCAAAAGUUUUGUCUUAGCAUCCAUGUUUAUGGCGUUGAGUACCUUUCUAGUGAAGACAAAGAAAUCAUAUGUCGCCAAGUUAGUCGAAUGCUAAGGCUAUCGGAAAUAUUGAAAGAUUUCUAUAAAAAACAUCCAGAAGCUAAGAAGGAAGAAUUUGGUAGGCUCUUUCGAUCAGCUACUCUCUUUGAAGAUGCUGUUAAGUGUUUUCUCCUCUGUAAUUGCACGUGGAAGAGGACAUUGAGCAUGGCUGAAGCUCUUUGCAACCUUCAACCUACACUAGCUUCUGUUCUAGAAUAUCAAACCUACAAAGCCAAAACACAAGGAAGAACAUUUAUCCCACAUGCAGAAGCAGUGCUGAAAGGAAAAACCAAGGCUAAUAACAAGCGUGCGAAACUUGGACUGAACCCAUCAAUGGAUGGAAUGGCGAAUUUUCCAAGCUCAAAAGAAUUGGCUAUGGUGGAUGUUGAUUAUUUGAACCAGCACUGCAAUCUUGGGCACAGAGCAAAAACUGUUAUUGAUUUUGCUGUAUCUGUUGAGAGUGGGAAACUAAAGCUUAAAGAUUUUGAGGAUCCACUCAUAACAGUUGGAAACAUUGAAAAUGAUAAUUCAUGGAGACCAUACGUGGAUAUAAGCAAGCAACUUAGGAAGAUCAAUGGCCUUGGUCCUUUUACUUGUGCCAAUAUAUUGAUGUGCAUUGGAUUUUACCAUCAAAUUCCAAUAGAUACUGAAACAAUUCGGCUUGUAAGAAAGGUGCAUGGCAGGGAAAACUGCACCAGAAAGACCAUUGAAAAUGAUGUCAAGGAAAUUUAUGGAAAGUAUGACCCAUACCAGUGCUUGGCUUACUGGUUUGAUCUCCUGAAUGACUAUGAGAGCACGUUUGGGAAGCUAAGUGAGUUGCCUAGUUCUAGCUACUAUACUGUCACUGGAAGCAUUAAAUGGAAAGAAAAAGUGGCUGAAAAUAAUGGAGAAUGAGAAGAAAAAAAAAUUGGCAUUUUCAAUUAUGUUGAGAGCAGUGAGAUUUUUCCUAGAUACUUAGGAGCUUAGUUCUUGCUGAUAUUUUGUCUAUUUUUAAUGUUAUUUUGUUUAUUUUGCUGUAAAUCAGUUGGCAUGUUAGUCAACUUGUGUUAGGUUUAAAUCUACUCCUUAAAGUGGUGAAUGUAACCAUGCUUCACCAUGUUUUUGUUACUUUAGUAGUUGGAGCAGGUCUGUUAUAUACCAAAAAGUGUAAGACUUCUAAUAUAUGAAAAAGAUUAAAUGAAGUCUCUCUUACGCAGCUACUGAGAGAAGUUUAUAAGAAGAAUCACUUUUUUCUUUGUUCUUUUCUAGCAAUUUUCAGUUCAGAA